AUGACCCUCAUAGGCCUGCGUCGCUUCAUCGAACGGCAACUCCACAACCGCAAACGGUCCUUCUUCGAAUACGUAAUCCUCGCAACCAUUGGCCUCUUCCUCGGCGCCAUCAUCAAGUACCCCAACCGAGCCUUCCUCACCCGUGCCCGCCCCGACCUCAAAGACAAAGCUGUCAAGGGGUUUCCUUUGUUGGGAAACAUGCCACAGAUGUUGAAGAAUAGUGAUGAUUCCCUUGGCCAUUUGCACACGGCGUUUAAGCAUUUUGGGGAUUUCUUUUCGUUGACGAUUCCGCUGUUUGGGAGGGUUAUCUUGGUCAACACUCCUGAGCACUUUGAGCAUGUCCUUAAGACGAACUUCAAUAACUAUAUCAAGGGAUCGAUCUUCAGUGACCAACUCAAGGACAUCCUCGGACGCGGAAUCUUUGUCUCUGAUCAAGAAGACUGGCGCUUCCACCGCAAAACCGCCGCCAACAUCUUUACCACAAAACUCUACCGUCAACUCGUCUCGGGAGCCUUCCAGGAUACCGGCCUCGACCUCUGCUCUGUCCUUGACCGCCACCGUCUCCUCCAUCGACCAGUGGAUUUACAGGAACAGUUUUUGAAACUUACAUUGGACGCGUUUGGGAAGUUGACGUUCGGGUUGGAGUUUAAUGCGUUGACCUGCGAGGGGCCGAAUGAGUUUGGAGACGCGUUUGAUUACUUGACGGCGAAUGUUGAUUCGAGGACGUCGAAUCCGUUUUGGUUCCUAACGGAUAGAGUGAUUCCUGGGAAGAAAAGGAAGUUGAGGGAGGCGAUUGGGGUGUUGGAUAGGUUUGGGUAUAUGGCGGUUGAGAAGCGGAGAGCGGAAACGGAGGAAGAGAGGGAGAAGAGGCCGAGGGACUUGUUGGAUCAUUUUAUUCAUCAUGUUGCGGAGGAUGGGACCAAGUUGACAGAUGUUGAGCUCCGGGAUGUCUUUGUCAACUUCAUGAUCGCGGGACGCGAUACAACAGCUCAAACCCUCACCUGGCAAUUCUACCUCCUCAUGACCCAUCCUCGCGUCAUGAAGAACCUCGUCCGCGAGAUCGACACCGUCUUCCAGGACGGUCAUUCCUACACCUACGAAACCAUGAUGCAUGAGCUCCCUUACCUCAAGGCAGUCUUCCACGAGACCCUUCGCUUGUACCCACCAGUCCCAAAGAACGGACAAACAUUUGCAACGCUGGAGGCGUUGGUGACUUCUUGCAUGCUACUACAACGAUACGAUUUGAAACUGGUGCCUGGUCAAGUACCCGCGACCCCAAAACCCUCGGUUACUAUUCCUAUGACCAACCCCCUCCUCACCAUUGUCACUGCUCGCCAGUAA